AAAGACAGAAAAAUAAAAUAAAAUAAAAAAAGCAUUGAGGAAUGGUCUAGGAAGCCGGCCUGGUAUGAUGGUUGCAAUGAAGUUGCAUUCCAAAAAAAUUUUGGACAUGUAUCACAUUGCUUUAUAAAAACCACCCCUGUAUAUAAAUCCACUCUUCCACAAGAGUUCUCAAGCUACACAACAAUGGAUUCUUCAUUCCAAUCCCCACCGUCAUCUAAGUCCGACCAUCUCUUUGAUGAGCUUCGGUGGGUCAUCCAAAUCCAUCAAUAUCUCGAGGAAGGCACCGAAGAUGAUCACGGCAUCCCUGUGACAAUUUUCAGCGUGCCGAAUUCUCUGAGAGUAAGCAACCCUGAAGCCUUUGCUCCGCAACUCAUCGCCCUCGGCCCAUAUCAUCAUUGGCAACCAGAACUUUACGAGAUGGAAUGGUACAAGAGCUCUGCAGCAAAACGCGCCCGAAACCGUCUCCAUGAACAAAAAUUUCAGCAACUUGCCGAGCACUUUGUAAAAGCCAAAAAAUUGAUAUGUGCACAUUAUCAUAGGUAUCUUGAUUUCAAUGACGAAACAAUAGCAUGGAUGAUGAUACUUGACACAUCAUUUUUGCUUGAAUUCCUUCAAAUCUUCGUGCCAGAAGAAAGUAAGGUUCUCCAACAAGUGCCAUCCAGAAUUUCGCAUUUUGUUGAUAAUCAAGGGAGGAAAUCAGCUCAUGAUGUGAUACUAAGAGACAUAAUGAUGUUAGAGAAUCAAGUGCCACUAUUCUUGUUGAGAGUAUGCUUGGAGUUCCAAUGUUCAUCACUUGAAGAAGCAGAUGAUGUGCUCACUUUAAUGUUGAAUGGAUUCAUGAGAGCCCUUUGCCCGCUCAACAUGAUGCAAAACUUUCCAUGCAUUGACGUCACUCAACAUGCUCAUUUGUUAGAGCUUCUCUAUUCCAUUCUUGUUCGGAAACCUCAAGAACAAAAUUGUGAAGCGAUCAUAGAUAUCAGUGAAGAUCAAACUGAUGCCGGGAAAUCGAUCUAUGAAACUGAUGAUGAUGAUUCUAGUAAAAUCAACCAAUUCUUCAUCGCAAGUUGGAAGGCAGCUUCUGGCCAAAAUGGAUCAAAUAUACUAUACAUCAAGAAACUUUUGUCAUCAAAGCCGAUGAAGUUCUUGGUGAAAGUACCUUGGAAGAUAAUCACCAGUCUGCCGGUGUUCUCCAUCUUGAAAAAACCAGUUGAAUACCUUCUCUCCUCUGAAACAAGUGUAAAUUCAAAGAACGAAAUGUCAAGUUCAAAUCAAAACAUCAACAACCAACCACUGAUAGAAGAGAUCAUGAUUCCAUCAGUGAGGGAACUUGUCAAUGCAGGCAUUAGCUUCUCGGCGACAAAGGGAGAUGUGACAACGAUUCAGUUUGAUAUAAAGACUGCCACCUUAUACCUACCUACUGUUAAAUUGGACAUCAACACUGAAGUUAUACUUAGGAACUUGGUAGCCUAUGAAUCAUCAGUAGUAUCAGGACCUCUAGUUUUUACUCGAUACACUGAGUUAAUGAACGGAAUAAUUGAUACUGAUGAGGAUGCAAAGCUUCUAAGGGAAAGGGGGAUUAUCUUAAACAAAAUGAAGAGCGACAGUGAGGUCGCUAAGCUGUGGAAUUCAAUGAGCAGAUCUGUUAGGCAUACAAGAGUGCCAUUUCUUGAUAAAGUGAUAGAAGAUGUGAACAACUAUUAUGACAGUAGAUGGAAAGUGAAGACUACAAAGUUCAUGAAGAAGUAUGUGUUUGGUUCGUGGCGGUUCCUAGCAUUUCUUGCAGCUAUUUUUCUGCUUUUGCUGACCAGUUUGCAGGCAUUUUGCUCAGUCUAUAGUUGUGCUCGCUGGAUCAAUCCUGCAAUCAUUGGGCAGUAA